AUGGCAGAUGCGAGCCGUCGGGUUCUGAAAGCCGCCGCGCCCGUAGCGGCGCCCGCGCCGGCGGGGGCCGGGGCACCCGCGGUCGGCGCGCCACCGCCGCCACCGGCGCCGGUCGACCAGUAUUACGACGACGACUACAUGCAGGACUACACUCUGGAGCAAGUGAUCGCAGCCGCGUCGCCUCAGGCUGCGCCCGGAGCGCCGCCUUCUCCGCCGCGAUCUCUGCGAAUGAAGGUUCCGUACACGAUUAAAUUCGCGGACGUGUCCAAGUCGUUUUACAUUCUUAACUACCUCGCGAACUCGGUGUGCAAGUUUCCCGCCGGCCCGACGAUUUUCCUUCCGACGAAUCAGGCGUGGAGCGACGCGCUCGAAGGGUACAAGAAGAGCCACAACAGCGGCGCGCUGUAUGAAGCGCUCGACGCGGUCGCGAGCGAUCGGAUCAAGAACGCGAUUGUUUGGGCGGGGAGUAAGACCAUGAUAAACAGCACAGAGCUGUCGCGUCUCGCUGAGAAGGCGAAAUCGUGCAAAACGCUCACGACGCAUCCGAUCGGGGAGGCCGCGCGGACCGCGCUGUUCAACCUGAUGUCGUUCCACACGGCGGCUUCGCGGGUUACGGUCCUGAAUCUGGAUAGCCAGUGUACCGCCACUGGCACGUCUUUCAAGACCGCGUUCAACAGCAACAACCUGAACUUCAAGUGCAACAGCACCGACACUGGUUUCAUUUCCGGCUCGGACCCCCUUGCAUCUGGCGCAACUGCUGGUACUGCGUCUGCUGUGGCAAUGAUUGACGAGCCGCAGAAGGAUUAUUUCUAUGUCAACGCGGUUGUGUUCCCAAGCAACAUCUCCUCCCUGCCUGGUGCCGUUGCCACUGUCUCGCGUCUCUUCACUGCACUGCUGGUCUUCGCCGCUGCUCUUGCUUGUGCCCUCUAG